GCGCCACUUCUUGCUCACACACACAGCCCCAGCGAGCAGCGAAGACGCCGAGGCUGCGAGUGAAUGAACGACCGAACCCUCGCGUUGUGAAACUGAACAAAGCGCGAGUUUAAACCGUACUUUUGUUCCCCUGCUGUCCGUAGGAUUCUCGUAUUCUCCCGCUUUGAGGUUCACUGUGUGCAGCCAUGGCUCGUAAGGAUUACGCCGCAGAGAAAGAGAAAUGCAAAAGGUUUCUGCAGGAGUUUUACACAGAGGAUGACAACGGGAAGAAGGUGUUCAAAUAUGGAGUUCAGCUUGUGGCGCUGGCUCACAGGGAGCAGGUGUCUCUCUUUGUGGACCUGGACGACGUGGCCGAGGAGGACCCCGAGCUCGUCGAGAGCAUCUGUGAAAACGCCAAGCGCUACACAGGCUUGUUUGCCGACGCCGUCCAUGAGCUGCUGCCAGAGUACAAAGAGAGAGAUACUGUGGCCAAAGAUUCCCUGGACGUGUACAUUGAGCACAGGCUGAUGAUGGAACAGAGGGGUCGUGACCCCGCUGACACCCGAGACCCUCGUAACCAGUAUCCACCUGAACUCAUGAGGAGAUUUGAGCUGCACUUCAAGUCUCCCACCACCUCCAAACCUAAGGUGGUGCGCGACAUACGAGCCGACAGCAUCGGGCACCUGGUGAACGUUCGAGGCAUAGUGACCCGUGCGACCGAGGUCAAACCAAUGAUGGCCGUAGCGACCUACACGUGUGACCAGUGUGGUGCCGAGACCUAUCAACCAAUCCAGUCUCCCACCUUCAUGCCUCUCAUCAUGUGUCCCAGUCAAGAGUGUGUCACCAACAAAUCGGGAGGUCGUCUCUACUUGCAGACCAGAGGCUCCAAGUUUGUUAAAUUCCAGGAUCUUCGUAUUCAGGAACACAGUGACCAGGUGCCUGUUGGCAACAUUCCAAGGAGCAUGUCCAUUUAUGCCAGAGGAGAAAACACAAGACUUGCCCAGCCUGGAGACCAUGUUGCCAUCACAGGAGUCUUCCUCCCUCUGCUGCGCACAGGAUUCAGUCAAACUGUGCAGGGUCUUCUGUCAGAAACCUACCUGGAGGCCCACAGCAUCACUCUCAUGAACAAGACGGAGGACGACGAGCUCGGUAACGACGAGCUGACAGAGGAAGAGCUGCGUGGCAUCACCGAUGAAGGAUUUUAUGAGAAACUUGCCGGGUCCAUCGCACCAGAGAUUUAUGGACACGAAGAUGUGAAAAAAGCUCUGCUGCUGCUGCUGGUUGGGGGAGUGGAACAGGCGCCCAAAGGCAUGAAAAUCAGAGGCAACAUCAACGUCUGCUUGAUGGGAGAUCCGGGAGUCGCCAAGUCUCAGCUGCUCUCUUAUAUUGACCGCCUGGCUCCUAGAAGCCAAUACACGACCGGCCGUGGAUCUUCAGGUGUGGGUCUGACUGCGGCAGUGAUGCGUGACCCGCUAACUGGAGAAAUGACCCUGGAGGGCGGAGCCUUGGUGCUGGCUGACCAGGGCGUUUGCUGCAUCGAUGAGUUUGACAAGAUGGCCGACGCCGACCGCACAGCCAUCCACGAGGUGAUGGAGCAGCAGACCAUCUCUAUUGCGAAGGCGGGCAUCAUGACCUCCCUCAACGCCCGAUGCUCCAUUCUGGCCGCCGCCAACCCCGCCUACGGCCGCUACAAUCCCAAGAAGAGCAUCGAGCAGAACAUCCAGCUGCCGGCCGCUCUGCUCUCCCGUUUCGAUCUCCUCUGGCUGAUCCAGGACAAACCGGACGCCGACGCUGACCUGCGUCUGGCCCAGCACAUCACCUACGUGCACCAGCACUGCCGCCAGCCGCCCACCCACUUCACCCCCAUCGACAUGAAGCUGAUGAGACGCUACAUCGCUGUGUGUAAAAAGCGGCAGCCUGUGGUUCCGGAGUUGCUGUCCGAUUACAUCACCGCCGCUUAUGUGGAGAUGAGGAAAGAGGCCCGAGUCAGCAAAGACACCACCUUUACGUCCGCUCGUACCCUCCUCUCCAUCCUGCGACUGUCCACGGCUCUGGCUCGUCUCCGCAUGAUGGACAACGUGGAGAAGGAGGACGUGAACGAGGCAAUGAGACUGAUGGAGAUGUCGAAGGACUCGCUGCAAGCCGACAAAUCCGGCAGCACCAGGACUCAGCGCCCGGCCGACGUCAUCUUCUCGCUGGUGCGCGAGCUCGCCACAGAGGGUGUGUCCGGCCGCGGCGGUGCCGGCGGCGUGGUGCGCAUGGCUGAGGCGGAGCAGCGCUGCGUCACUCGCGGCUUCACCCCCGCACAGUUCCAGGAGGCUCUGGAGGAAUACGAGGAGCUGAACGUGUGGCAGGUCAACCAGGCGCGCACCCGUGUGACCUUUGUCUGAGAGACACGUCGUCAUACACGCAAGGGCAAAAAACUCUGCUGUGGCUUUUUCUACAGACUUCUGUCGCAGUUCUAUAUUUUUUCACACUUGAGCAGAACCUUGGACACUUUUUAAGGCGUGGCUAUUUUUUGCUGUUGGAGAUUGCUAGUGUAAUGAUUUCCUUAAUUUCCUAUUCGCCAGUGAAACACUUGUAAAUAUGUGUCAUCUGCAGUUAAGAGCUUAAAGCUUCAGCUGAUAUUGAGCAUUCCUGUACAUUUUAUAUUAAAAGAUUAAAAUAGGCAAGAGAAAGUAUCAUUGAGCCUUGUAUUGUGACAAUAGUUAUAAUAAAUGAAUGGUUCAUUA